ACAGACACAAACAAAGGCUCUGUUAGUGCAGAAGGUGUCAGUGAGUCAUGGCGAUCUUUAACCACUUGUUGCUUGCUUUGGGUUUGGUGCCGCUGGUACUGAGCUCCCCUUUCUACCCACCAACAUGCUACAGCAAGGUACUGACUAUGGCACGAGAGGUCACACAGUGGGCUGCACAUUUAAAGAGGGACCAUGAAACUAGUUUCUGUAUGGCACACAUGCCAGAUCUCUACGUUGAUGUUCAUAAUUCUUGUGUGAUGUACAAAAUGAGGACCUACAUCUCCCUGGUGGAAGGCCUGCGACAGCGCCGCUGUGCUUACACCAGAGAAGUGAGGAAGCUGGGUGUCACUCUGAGACAGCUCUUCAUCAUCAUGUCAGAGAAAUGUCACGGGGACUUGGCGUUCAAGAUCCAUGACUGUGCUGCACUGGAGCGCUGACAUACUGGAUCCUGAAAUGACAAUAUGUCUGCUUAAGGAGAGUGAAGAGACAGCAACAAUAGUCCUUCUGUGUACAUUAUUCAAGUGAUGAUUGAAAGUCACAAGACUGACUGAAGUUAUGUAGGGUAUCUAUGGUAUCGUUCCUAAAAAUGUACUUUAAUCAUCUGUUGCCUGACUAUAAUUUGGUUUUAUUGCCACUAGUUAUCACAUCUUUCUUAUGGAAUCUGAUUGAGGAACCAUUUCAUAUAAUAAACUUUAUUAAAAUGCU